AUGAGGCACUUCAUCCCCAUCGUCUGCUUCUCCCUGCUGGGCGCCAAUGCUGAGCCAUUGCCCGCCAACAGCCCAGUUUGCGACGUUGCCGUCGAGACUGCGCUGUGCCUGCACAAUGCGGAGAAGAUAUUGAUGCCUGAUGCUCGUCCAUAUGGCAUGGAGGUUCAUCUGACCUUCGAUGAAUCUCGCCCUCUCGACACAAGUGGCAAGAAGAACCACGGAUCCGGAGAAGUCAUGGCAGCAGCUGGAAUCGGUGGUGUUGGGAGCUCUGGCUUGUUCCGCAACAAUUACGUAUAUGUACCGAGCUCCGAGAGCUUCAAGUCUGCUGACUUCUCAUACACGUUCUUUGUGUACCUCCUUGAGGAUGCAAAGUCGAGGUUAGAUGGACGCAUCAAAGUUGUUCUCGGCACCACUGGCAGUGCAGCACUUGUCCGUCACCAAAACCGCAUGAGGCUCUACGUCGAUGGAAUCCUUGAUUCUUCUCUCGUCACUGAAGGAUCAACAAAGACCAACGACCUGCCUCUUUUCGUUGGAGGUGCCCCUUAUGCAGAGAAUGUUUGUGACAUGCCAAUGCUUCUCGACGAGUUCCGCAUGUUCUCAUACGCACUUGGUCGUGAUCACAUCCAAGCUGAGGCCUCAAUAGCCCUAGGUGGUGUUGAACCCUCAUUCCUUCACAUUGGCUGCACCAACUGCAAAUAUCGGGAGGCUAGCUAUGGCACUCACAGGAGGACGAAAUGCGUCCUGGUCUGCGUAGGAACCAUGGCGCUCCACACACCUGUAUCUGCGGCAGCAUGUGGGGUUAAGCCAGUAGGCAUGCUACAAACCUCGGAACAUGGGGAAAUGUUAUGCAGUCCUGAUGAGGACUGUCUAGACGUGCCGUCCGAAGGGAGAAUGCGUGACUUUUUCUCAUUCCUCGACCAAACGGCGUCAGAUUCCCACUACUAUGCUGGCCAGAGACCGAAAAAACCCAACUCUCCUGGUAAUGCUACUAGUACUGCAGGUCUUUUGUCCAAAAUUUCAGCAUUGGAGGUCGAGCUUGAGGACAAGGAGCACAAUCUUAAAACCUUACGGGAGCUUCGCGAACGGGAGAAACUUCAAGAAGAGCGAUUGAGGAAACAGCUACAGUACCAGAUGCAAGGAGAAUUGAACAGAACAACUGAAAAAUACGAACAACAAUGCAGGAAGCAACAGGAGCUGCUGAGCCAACUGCAGGAUGAAAAGAAAGACAUGGCCUCGCGCUAUGAAAGGCUUGCAGAGGAAAUGCGUGAUUUGGAACGAAGAUUUGCUGCGAAAACUGCUGAAUUGCACAAGCAGUACGGCAGGGAACUGGAACGCCAACGGCGAGCCUUGCUUUCCGGCGAAAAGAUGAAAAAACAACUAGAGGAAGAACUCGUGGCGCAGAGGACUGCUGUGCAGAGGCAGAUGGAGGAGGCGUUCGAAGUCGAGAGGAGUCAACACAGACAAGAAAUACGAGCUCUUAAGGAAAGCUUUGAAACCGAACUCGAGAAAGAACGAGAUGCCUUGGCAGCAAAACACAAACAACAAACCGCCAAAUGGGAGGCGCAAGCAUCCGACGGGAAGAAGCGGCUGCAAGGCGAAAUCGCGAAGGCACGAGAGGAAGAGCAGCAGCGGUUGAAGGAGGUUACGGCUCAGCUUCUGUCGCAGCUGGAACAGCAGCGAAACAAACAUCUACAAGAAAUGCAGCAGACAGAAGCCGCUGCAAAGGCCAAAGAGAAUGAACUAACAAUCCAAAUGAACAAAGAAAAAGAAACGGCAAUACGGGAGGCAACUGAAAGAAUAAAAGAAGAAAUGCAGGCAGAGACGCACAAGUAA